AUGGUCAUUCACUGCAGUGCGGGUGUGGGACGAACAGGAACUUUCAUCGCAGUCGAUUACUUGCUGAAGAUGGCGGAGGAGGAAGGGAAGGUCAAUGUGUUCCAGUGUGUGGAGAAGAUGCGGACCAAGCGUUCAAACAUGGUGCAGACCCAGGACCAGUAUAAGUUUAUUUAUCUCGUGCUGUUGGAGGCUCUGAUGUUUGGGGACACCUCGAUCUCACUGAAGGAGAUUGGACAAUGUAGGAAGAUCAUGGCUGAAGAGGAUUCCCGUACCCGCAGUAAUGGUUACAGCAAGGAGUUUGCGACCCUGGAGACGUUCUGUCAACUCUUCCAGUUCCACCAUCACAGAGAAGCUCUGAAGAUCUGCAACCAAAUUAAAAACAGAUUUCCAAAUAUUCUUCCAGCGGAGCAUGUGCGGCCAAGUUUGAUGUCGGUGAAGAAUAUCGAUGGUACCUGUGGAUACGUUAAUGCCGUCUACGCUGAUUCCUAUUUGAGGAAAGAUGGGUUUAUAAUUACCCAGUUGCCACUUGCUCUGACGUUCGUGGAUUUCUGGGCGUUAGUUUAUGAUCUGAGCUGCGUAUCCGUGGUAACCAUGAGCCGGCUGCAGGAUCUCGACCAGGCGACUCAAACGAGUAAUGAAAACUGCCCCGUUUGGAGAGACGGUUUUGCAGAGUUUCUGGAGCCUGGUCACACCUGA